CAUGAUGGAAGAAAAACUAAUUCUUUAUGUUUAAGAAUAAUUAACUUAUCAUUAAUAUAACUUACAACUGCUUAAAACCUUUUCCAUGUCAUGAUCAAAUAAAUACAAAUUAGGAUUGCCUAAAAACAACAUUAUCCUAUUCCUAUGACAAUCUUACUAUCCAAAUCUUACUAUCCCGAUAAGUUUGGAGUAACAUUUAGUAAAUAUGACAAGCAUGUUCAUGUAACGUAGUUUUUUUUAGCAGCCUUGGUUAAUCUAUUAGCAUAUUUUACACCUUUGUAAAAGAAGUAUUAGCCUCUAAUUUGCUUUUCCUAAAAUAGCUUUAACUUUUUUGUUUUUUUUGUAUUCCUUAAUUUUCUUUUUAUUUGAGGAUAAUUUUUUUACAAAAAAUAAAUUAUGUGAGGAUAAAACUUUGAAUAUCUUCAACUUAACAAUGACCUAAACAUAGCUAGAAGAAUAAUGUAAGAAGUUAAAAACAACUUCUAGAAAACAUUAUUUCAAUGAUCACCGUAUCAUCCCAUGACAUUCCGAGCUCGAAAAACCGGCAAACAGAAUCUCAGGGGACGGGGAUCGACGCCGGAGCACAACCAUACAAUGUAGGGUUGUACUAUGAUGAUGACUUUCAUGCAGAGGUAAUAAGUGACAAUGAAGGUUCAAGUUUUAGUGAACCAGAAUCAGAUUUUGAGGACAUUAUUUCAGAAGGUGAAGGAAGUAGUCAUAACAAAUAUGAUUAUAAUUCUACUCCAACAAAAGAGAAGACACCAAGUAGAAGAAGAAGGAAGAUUUUUAGAAAAAGAUGGAAAAGAGUGAAAGCCAAGAAAUCAUUAAUUGAAUUAAAAUCAAGAUUAGAGGAUGCCCUAAAUGGUAAUUUUCUCCUACAUGAAGAAAAAAAAGGGGUGUCCCAAAAUUUUAGGGAUAUUACCCUUUGGGGGGUACCUUUAUUGCCAAGUAAAGGUCAUGAAGGGACAGAUAUAAUCUUGUUAAAGUUCCUAAAAGCCCAAAGUUAUAAGGUUAAUGAGGCCUUGGAAAACCUUAGACAAACCUUAAUUUGGAGGGUAGAACAAGGAAUUGAUGAUAUUGCUAAUGAAAAUUUAGGGGAUAAUAAGGAACUUAGUAAAUUGGUUUUUAUAGAAAGUGUUGAUAAUCAAGGGCAUCCUUUGUGUUUUAAUUCAUAUGGUGGUUUUAGAGAUAAGGAAUUGUAUGCUAAAACAUUUGGGACAGAACAAAAAAGGAAGGAAUUUCUUAGGUGGAGAAUUCAAUUUAUGGAGAAAAGUAUAAAAACAUUGAGUUUUAAGGUUAAUGGGGUGGAUUCUUUUCUUUUAAUUAGUGAUAUGAAGAAUGCCCCAGGUCCUGGAAAUAGUAUGAAGGAGCUUGGCCCUAUUAGCAAAGAUGCUGUUUCACUUUUUCAGCAUUAUUAUCCUGAGUUGAUCUAUAAGCAUAUUAUAAUAAAUGCUCCCUUUUGGUACUACUUGUAUCAUGGUGUUGUCACACAAUAUUGUACCCAUGGAACCAGAAAAAAGUUUGUAUUUGCAAGGCCUCACAAAGUCACUGAAACAUUGCUUAAGUAUAUACCUCCACAAAACAUUCCCCUGCAAUAUGGUGGACUAAGGCGAGAAAAAGAUGAAGAAUUCACUUCUGAGGACCCUAUUUUAGAAUUUAGUCUUCGACCUGGUGCUGUAUCAGCUUUUCGACUUCCAAUAUCUGAGGUAAAUGUGACAGUAGUGUGGGAAGUAAUGGUUGUAGGAUGGGAUGUGACUUACAAGGACGAAUUCAUCCCCGAAGAUGAAGGCUCAUACAAGAUAUUGCUUCAUAAGGAGGAGAAAGUUGGAUUUUGUGUAAGAAAUUCAUUUUACAUAAACGAACCAGGGAAAAUAAUGAUUUAUAUCAAGAAUGCUACCUACGCCAAAAAAAGAGUUUUUAUUAGGCUUAAAAGCAAAGUCACUUUACCUGUAUAUAUGUACAAAUGAAUAUAAUUAUUCAGUAAAACUUUACAUAGAUGUACAUAUCCAUACAUGGGUUGUCCAAAAUUCUUUUCUUAGAUUUCUAAACUUUGUUGAGACUUGUAUAUGACAUCUUAACACAUCUAAUCUUUUAACUUUUGAUGGAAAUAUAUGUAGCUAAUUCUUGUGUACUAUUCAGAGUUUUAUUUAGAUUCUAUUAUUAGUGAACUUUGAAUAAUGAAUUGAGUUAGAUUUUGUUUACUUUACUUGAUUUUCAUUUAAUUGAAAAUUAUUUUAACU